AAUUCCUUGAUUUCAUUUUCUAAAGCCGACCAACCGCGCUCCCUGAAACAAAGAAACCUGUGAACUGGUCCUCUCCUCUCCUCUUCUGAAUUCUCCUCCCAUUUUCUUGCGAAGAAAAAUGGCUUCCAUCUCUGCAACCACCCCGACUUCAUCGGUGGUUCGUGCCAGCCUCGUGCGCAAGAGCUCGAUCGGGACCUCAUCCUCCCCUGUUCUUGGUUUGCCAGCACUGGCUAGGAGGGGACGUGUGAUGUGUUCAGUGGAGGAGAAGCCCUCUGCUUCGAGUGUCAGCUCAAGUGUGAGCAUGGGUGCAUCGCUCAUGGCAGCUGCAUGCGCUGCAACCAUGUCGAACCCGGCAUUGGCUCUGGUGGAUGAGAGACUGAGCACUGAAGGAACUGGACUUCCAUUCGGACUGAGCAACAACCUUCUUGGGUGGAUCCUACUGGGCGUCUUUGCUCUCAUUUGGUCUCUCUAUUUUGUCUACACUGCUACCCUUGAAGAGGACGAGGAAUCAGGAUUGUCCCUCUAAGUGAAGGAAUGUAGAGAAAAAGAAGAAAGAGAGGUUGGACUUUUGUAUGUUGGAUUGUGAAACAGCCUAAGCCUUUUUUUUAUGUAUUUUAAUUAAAUGAAUUAAUGUACUUGGUUUUGUUUCUGGAGUAUUUAUCUUCCUUCCA